UCUCAGAUGAAAAUGGCGGACUCUCCCAAAUUGUUCGAGUGAAAGUGAUUGUACUUUGAGAACAACAAUCAUCCAUACAGCCAGUGAGAAUUGCAGGAAGCUAUAGGUUGAAAAGAUACUUGGCAGAAGGAUCACAGCCCGAGGGACAUUUGAGUAUUUAAUUAGUUGGAGAGGCUACAACAAAUCCUGGGAUACCUGGGAGCCUGAAGAAAAUCUUGGCGCUUGUAUUAAAUUAAUCCAAGCAUUUGAUAAAGCUCUACAUCAGGAUAACGGGGAUAAUUUUGCUCAUAAACCUAAGAUGAAGGGAGGAGGGGCAGACGGUGAAAGCAAAACAGACACAAAGACUGUGAAGCCAAAGGAAACGGCAAAUACUACGACAGGUAGCGCUAAGGUCAAAGGUUCACCAGUAUCUGCAAAACAGAAAACUCCUAAAAAUACAGGAGGUGUGACUAAGGCAAACACUGCCAACAAAAAGGCAGAAGAAGGAAAAAAGCUAAACAAAAGCUUGAGUAAAGAUAAAAACACUAUCAAGGAUAAUGCUAAGAAAUUAAAGAAAACAAAUGUUGCAAAAAUUAGUGUUGCUAAAAAGAAGAUUUCUAUAGCCAAACAGGGUGGAAAAUCGGGAAAGGGUACUAAAAUGACAGUCACUAUGGUAAAUGGGAAACAAAAAAGCUCGAAGGCUUCUAAAAAUGAUAACACUAAAAAAGAAGUGAAGAAGAAGCAAACUAAAAAGUCUGAACCAGCUGAUGUAAAAAAGCCUACACCCAAACCUGACUUUAGCAAUCUCAUUAAAUUAUUGGGUUCCAAACCUUUGACUAACUCAUCUGGCACUAUAUUAGUGAAGCCAGUGAAUAAUAAGACAAUUCACAAAACAAGCUUGCAAAAUAAGAUACGGAAAGGCUUAAAAAUCAAACCAUUGAAUGGACCAAAGUUUAAAAAUGGAAAAGCGAGUGUAAGCUCUAGCAAGAAAAAGGUGAAUGAUGGUGAUGAUGGAGAGGAUUCAUCAUCAUAUACUUCAGUCUCGUCAAUGUCUUAUGACUCAGAAGAUUCAGAUUCGUUUUACACAUUAUCGCCACCUGCGAAAAAAGUAAAACACAACAAAGGAUUAGAGAACAAAUCGAGCACCAAAAACAAAGGUGCCGAGAACAGUACUGUUAAAACAAAAAAGACUGAUGUAAAUGUAAAGACUGGUGAAAAGCCCAAAACACAAUCGCAACCUAAUGUUGACUCUCCUAGUACAAGUGAUGCUAAGGAGAGUUCAAGCUCUAGAAGAGCAAAGAAAAAGACACAAUCAGUAGAGGACUUCAUAGCCGAAACACUUGCCAAACUCGACCCUAAAUCAAAGAGUGCCCAAAAACUUAAGUCAGAGUUGUAUCACCUUACACAAGAUGAAAUGAAGGAGUUGAAAUCACCAUCAAAAAGCAAAGAACGGACUACUAAAACAUCUGAUGCUAAAAAUAUCAGGUCAGAUUUAUCGACAGAAUUUGCAAAGAAAAAGGUGAAAAAGAUUAAACGGGUUAAAAAGAAUAAUGAUCUCAAUGUUUCAUCACCAAAGAAACAGAAAAACACUGCUCAAAAUUCACCACAAAAAGUGAAGAAAAAAUCUGGAUUAUUUAAAAGUAUUGCAACUACGUCAGCGGGGCAGCAACGCAUGAAGAUGCUGAGCAACUGGAACCCAUCUAAGAAUUCAUCAUCUAAGAUCGUCAAACCAGUUCCACAGCUGUAUGCAUCUGCCUUUGCCCCUCCCAGCAGUUACAAAACACCACCAUCCUCACCCACAUCCCUCAGUCUCAUGGGGUCUGCAGCAUCCCUUAGGCUGGCAGGAUCCCGCUCCACCACCCCGUCUAGUCGCCCAGGGACCCCUAGCCCCCAGAAAGCCAUUAAUACUAUACUCCAGGAUCUCCCAAUGCAAGUGCGGCAGGGUCUCCCGCCUAAUGUAUCCAUGAUACCCAUGAUUCCUACAAGUCCCUCGGCUGCAUCAUAUCGUGCUAUCAUAGCAACCAAUCAGAAACUUCUCGCUAGUAAAGCAGUAAAACGUAAAUUUGAUGAGGACGAGGAAUAUGAUGAGCCAUCUGAGAGACGAUUGAGCGUGCGGCAGAGUGAGAGCUCCUUCAAGUACAAAGAUAUUGUCGUUAAAAAGUGCUCCAACUAUACUCAGAUCUGGCUGUUUACACAGACCCAAACAAAGAAUGCUUUAAAUCCAAAAGUCCUACAAGAGAUCCGUACAGCACUACACAACGCAAGGUUUGAUGACAGUAAGCUUGUGCUGCUCAGUGGCUCAGGAAGUGUGUUCUGCUCAGGGGUAGACCUGCCCUAUAUCACCCAGGCAACAGAUAGACGCAGUGCAGCCAAGCAAAUGGUCGAUUCUCUCAGGGAUUUUAUUAGUGCUUUGAUAGCAUUCCCAAAGCCGAUAGUAGCUGCUGUUAAUGGCCCUGCAGUUGGUCUAGGUGUUGGUAUAUUACCAUUAUGUGACAUUGUGUUGGCCAGUGACAAGGCCUCCUUCUAUACGCCCUACUCGAGGCUAAAUCAAACACCUGAGGCAUGUGCCUCUUAUACUUUGCCUCAGGUUAUAGGACUUGCCACGGCCAAUGAGAUGCUGCUAGGAGGACGUAAACUGACUGCAAUCGAGGCAUAUCAGAUAGGGCUGGUCUCCCAAGUGUUCUGGCCUACUAGCAUGAUGCAGGAAGUAAUUCCCAGGGUACAAAACAUGGCCAUGUGCUCAGCCAAGGCCAUGGAAUGCAGUAAGUUAUUAAUACGAAGCCACCAGAAAGCCAAGCUUGAAUACACAAAUGAGACAGAGUGCAACAUGCUGCUAGAAAGAUGGUCCUCUAAUGAAUGCUACAAGGCUAUGAACACUUAUCUCCUGCAAGAGCAAGAUAUGCUGAUAUGAGAGUGUCCUCUAAUAAAAUAUCAUUUGUGCAUGUUGUGUGUAAUACUUGUACAAUUUGCACAGAUUUAUUAUUGCGUUAUUUAAACGUUAAAAUCAUGCCUGUCCUGGUUAAAGGAUCGUGUCCAAUUACCAAGACUUGUAGAAAACUAAAUUAAGUCUGAUUUGUUUUGUUCCCUUCAACUUAUAUUAUGAAAUUCUUCAAGUGUUGAUUAAUAUUUCAAUUGCAUAUAAAUUAAAAAAUCAAUUCUUCAUUAGUUAAAUCAUUAUAUGCUCCCUCCCUUAAUGAAAUUUAUUCUGUUUUUCCACAAGUGUCAAUAAUUUCACACCAUCCCUAAGUUUUCUGUAGGUGGAGUAUAAAUCCUUAUUUGUGUAUUUAUAGAUGGGGUAACAUCAUUUAGUUCAACAUGAAUCUUAAAUUAUUCACCCAAUCAAAAUAAGGUUUGUUAAACAAUAAUUCAAUACUAUCCAACACGUCCAUUGGAUGCUGCAUUGAGAAAAAAAUCCAUUAUGUUAAGAUACCUCCGAUUGAUAACAUUUCUUACAUUACUUUAUGUGGACUUGUGUGUUUCAAGGAUUUCAAAUGAAAAUUAAUGAGCCUGUAAAAUGGAAGCACGAUAGACCCUUGAGUCGAUCUCAAAGUCUCACCAAUUA